UACAUUUGCUUAUCACAGUUUCAAGUGUAUCUGUCAAACGUGAAAUGAAGUCUCCGUCAGCCGCCGUAUGACAGUUUCGCUAACAACAUUGUCCAUUAUUCUAUACGAAAUGGGUAUUUUCUUUGCAAAGAAGAAACCGCCGAGCCGUGUCACAGAGCAGGACAAGGCCAUCUUGCAAUUGAAACAAACUAGAGACAAAAUCAAGCAAUAUCAACGAAGAAUCGAGCAAAAUCUUGAGAAGGAACGGUUACUCGCGAAGAAACUUAUACAAAAUAAACAAAAAGAACGAGCUUUGCUUCUUUUACGGAAAAAGAAAUUCCAAGAACAAAUAUUAUCAAAGACUGAUGGACAAUUAGAAAACCUUGAGCGCAUGGUACAUGACUUGGAGUAUGCACAAGUAGAGUUGAAAGUUAUAGAUGGCCUAAAAGUAGGCAAUGCCGCAUUAAAGAAACUGCACGACUUGUUAUCCAUUGAUGAAAUUGAAAAAGUCAUGGAUGAGACCAGGGAAGGCAUUGAGAAACAGAGAGAAAUUGAUGCAAUAUUAUCAGGAGAACUUUCUGAUAAGGAUGAGAGUGAUGUUGAAGCAGAACUUGAUGCCUUAUUAGCAGCAGAAAUUGAGGAGAAGGUGCCAGAAGUACCUACAGAAGUAACAUUACCAGAAGUACCAGAAGAAAUAGUGUUACCAGAAGUACCAGAAGAACUACCAGAAAAGAAAAGAGAACGUACAAAGGGGAAAACACAAGAGGCUGUUGCUUUAGAAGCGUAA